AUGGAAAGAUUUGAUGGGAUAAUGGUUGAUAAGGGAUUUUUAAUUGAUGAUUUGUGUUUAGAAAAACAAAUUGAUUUAAUUCGACCUCCUUUCCUAAAAAAUAAAAUACAGUUUUCUAAAGCUGAGGCACUUUUAAAUAAAGAUAUAGCUAGUGCUCGUGUACACAUUGAGAGAAUUAACCAGCGCAUAAAAUCAUUUAAAAUUUUUCAAUCUAAAUUUUCAUGGUCUCGUAAUUAUUUAGCAAAUGAUAUUAUGAUUAUUAUUUGUGGAAUGUGCAACUUAAGCUCCUCAAUUUUUGAAAGUGAUAAAUUUAAUGUACCUAUAUGA